CGUGGCGUAUUUGGCCGGCGGCCGCCUCGGGCAGAGAAAACCAGGCUGUUGCUCCGUGUGUUACUGUUUGGUGCUGCGGACUCUUCUGUCGUACGUUCCUAACUUGACAGGGAACUUACAUUUGGGGGAAAUAAAUAACAUUUUAUUCGCUUAUUAACACACAAGACGAUGAAUGGUAAGUCAUCGAACGGUGCGGCUGGAGGAAUGGCCUGUAUCGAGGGUCUACCGCCGCUACCGAAGAGCCUGAGCGGCUUGCUGAACUCGAGCGGCGGCUCCUGGAGAGAAAUGGAGAGGAUGUACGUGAAGAAAACCAUGAUCCAGGACGACCUGAGCCGAGGCAGGAACACCGACAACCUCCUGGCCAACAAGCCGGCCAACCUCGACGCUGCCCUGGCUCUUCUGCGAAAAGAGAUGGUGGGUUUGCGUCAGCAGGACAUGUCGCUGCUGUGCCAGCUGUGGUCGCUGCACGAGUCCAUCCAGGAGUACAAGGGCAGCUGCCAGGACCUGAGCGCCGCCUCCAGCCUCAGCAUGAUGGAGAACGGCUACUUCGACGAGGACGACGAGUACUACACGGAGCCCGGCGCCACUCCCACCGGGGAGCAGCCGGACGGGGACGUUGGAGACGGCGCGGCGACAAUGGGCAAGAACGGCGGCGGCCUGAGCAGCAGCAGCAGAGACGACAGCUGGGACUCUUUCCGCGUCAACAUCUGACGCCUCGGUGUUUCUCUGCAGACGGAAGGACAUUUGUUGGCACAAAGGGACCGAGUGAAAGCCGGAAACCCACUGGCCUUUUGAGAAGGCGGUGAUUUGGUUGGAGACAGCAGCUCUUUAACCAGAUUUAAGCACCAGCUUCAGCGUUAACCCUCGCUCCUCCUCCUCCUGCUCAGGUGAAACUUUGACCUGCUUGUGCUGCAGAUGUUUCAUCAGACUCUGGAGCUGAGCGCUUCCCGGGUGUCCUGACCCUCACAAACCCUCAGGAUUGUAUUCAAAGACUCCAGAUUAAGCAAAAUAUACCUAUCUAUAUAUAUAUAUAUAAUAUACAUUAUAACUCUUUCUAUAACCAGCUCUGCUGCUGCUGCUUCUGUAUCGAGCAGUUUCAACAGCCAGUCUCACGUUUCGGCAAAACAUCCUUUUCUUUCUUUCUCUGUCUUUUUGUUAUUUACGUAAUCAAGAUAUAUGAACAAAGUUUUUAUUAUUUAUUCUAUAAUAUAAGUAGCGAGUUGUUUGCUUCACUGUUUUUCUCAGUAGAAGGCGCAGCAUCUGCAGAACUAUGGGCUUCAAACGGAAACGAAGAGGAUGGGGAUUUUCAAACGUUAUAAUCAGUGUUGAUGCAAAAAAAAAGGGGAAUUGACAAAUCGAUGGAAGUGGUAAACGUGUUUUGUUGUGUUUUUUUUUCCCCGGUGGUAAAUCUGGAAGCGCUCUCACACCUGUGGUGUUUGUGUUCAGCGGUGAGCGAGGAGCAGACAUCUGUUUUUGAAAAA